UUUAUAAUUAUUUGUAAACUUUUUAAGUAUUUUUAAGUUCUAAAACGCAAAGUUACAUUGAAUCUUUCAGCAUGAAAUUGAAAUAUUAAAAGUUUUAUAUUCAAAGUUGUGUUUCUAUGUUAGAAUUACUAUAAAAUAAAGAUGACGUCCAUUAUAAAGUUACACUGCCUCUCCGGAGCUGGAGACGAGUCACCGCCGUGUUAUGUGCUUCAAGUAGAUGAAUUUAAGUUCCUCUUAGAUUGCGGCUGGGAUGAAAAGUUUGAUAUGGAUUUUAUCAAAGAGUUAAAAAGACACAUCAAUAGUAUAGAUGCUGUACUGCUGUCACAUUCGGAUCCUCUGCAUCUUGGUGCAUUACCAUAUGCGGUGGGACAGCUAGGACUGAAUUGUCCUAUUUAUGCUACACUCCCUGUGUACAAGAUGGGCCAGAUGUUCAUGUACGAUCUAUACCAGUCUCACAGGAAUGUGUCAGACUUUGAUCUCUUCACCCUUGAUGAUGUGGAUGCAGCAUUCGACAGAAUUACACAGUUGAAAUAUAAUCAAAGUGUUGAUAUGAAAGGUAAAGGCCAUGGAUUGAGGAUUACACCAAUUCCUGCUGGACAUUCCCUCGGCGGCACCGUCUGGAGAAUAGUUGCACCAGGAGAGGAAGACAUUGUGUAUGCACCCGACUUUAACCAUAAAAAAGAAAGGCAUCUCAACGGCUGCGAAAUUGAGAAGAUCAUGCGGCCAUCAUUACUCCUGCUCGGAGCAGCAAAUGCUGAUUACGUACAACAGAGAAGAAGAUUGCGAGAUGAGAAAUUAAUGACGACCAUCCUUAGUACACUCCGUGGUGGUGGCUCAGUGCUUGUCUGCACAGACACUGCUGGUCGGGUACUUGAGCUUGCCCACAUGUUGGAUCAGUUGUGGCGCAACAAGGACUCGGGGCUAGUGGCAUACUCCUUACUCCUACUCUCCAACGUCAGUUAUAAUGUACUGGAAUUUGCUAAGUCACAGAUAGAAUGGAUGAGCGACAAACUAACGCGUGCGUUCGAAGGUGCACGCAGCAACCCCUUCGCUCUCCGCCACCUUCAGCUAUGUCACUCGGUGGUGGAAGUGACCAGAACCCCGGGGCCCAAGGUGGUGCUCGCCUCCUUCCCUGACCUAGAGGCUGGCUUCGCGAGGGACCUCUUUCUACUAUGGGCUCCUAACAAUUUAAACUCUAUUGUGUUAACGGCAAGGACAUCUCCAGGUACCCUAGCUCGGGACCUGAUAGAUAAAGGAGGGGACAGGACCAUUGAGCUGAUGGUGAAGAAGCGUGUGAGACUUGAAGGUGCAGAACUGGAGGACUUCCUGCAACAGCAGCGGAUGAAGAUCAACAACACCGAUAAAGAGGACAUUGGGGGCAUAUCCUCUGAUUCCGAAUCCGAAGGUGAACUAGAGAUGUGCGUAGUGACAGGCAGACAUGACAUCCCGGUGCGACAUGACACUCGCCCCACCGGCUGCUUCAAGACCAACAAGCGGCACCACGCCAUGUACCCCUUCCAUGAGGAGAGAACCCGCGCUGAUGACUACGGAGAAAUUAUACGGCCGGAAGACUACAGAUUGGCAGAGAUAGUGGAUGCUGAGGGGGAGAUUAGAGAUGUGCCGCCAGCGCCGCCGCAGAAACAAGAACCUGAUGAGGAGAUGAUAGAGAUCCCUAGCAAGUGUGUGAGUGUGUUGCGUACUGUGGCUGUGCGCGCUAGUAUACAGUACGUGGAGCUGGAGGGUCGCUGCGACGGCGACUCGUUGCUGCGACUGGUCUCGCACGCCAAGCCGCGUGCGAUUGUCGCGCUCCGAGCUCGCCCUCACGCUGCUAAUACACUUGCUAAACAUUGUGAAAGUGAGGGAAUAGAGAAGGUGUUUACACCUAACAAGGGAGAUACAAUUGACGCUACCACAGAGUCUCACAUCUACCAGGUGAAGCUGACAGACGCGCUGGUGAGCGAGCUGGCGUGGCGCAGCGCCGGUGACGCCGAGCUCGCCUGGCUCUCCGCUGUCGUAGCGCAGCGCUCGCGUGCAACAUGCGCCGGCGCAGAGGAGGGUGAGCAAGAACCGGAGGAUGAUGAGAUGAUGUCCCUGGAGCGUGCACGAGGCGGCGCGGCGCACAGCGCGGCCUUCAUCAACUCGUUGCGGCUGUCGGAGCUGCGCGGUGCGCUCGCCCGCGCCGGCCUGCCCGCGGAGUUCAGCGGCGGCGCGCUCGAGUGCUGCAGCGGCACUGUCGCUAUACGACGGUUGGAGAACGGGCGCGUGGCGCUGGAGGGCGUCCUCUCCGAGGAGUACUACAAAGUGCGAGAGUUGUUGUACGAACAGUUCGCUAUUGUCUAGCCUAUGGCUUUACUCUGUGACGAUUCGAAAUUAAUUUUAUAUCAAAUAAAUUGUAUAUAGUGUU